CCGCCGAAGGUUGCCGAGCGGGGGGUCGCGCGGCUCCGGCGGCCCGGCCGGCGUUUCCGGAGAUUGACGAGGGGCUUCGGCCCCUCCCCGGCCGCCGCCGAGCCCGUGACCGAGGCGCUCCGGAGGGUCGGAGCCCGCCGCGCCCGCUGCUCCGGUCGCGGCGCGGGGCUCGCCCUCCUCGCUCUUCUCCUCCUCCUCCUCCUCCUCCUCCAGCAGCGCCGGGCGUCGCGGUGACAGAGCGGGGCGAUCGCGGCGGGGGGCGGCCGGGGCUCCGGCGGCGCGGAUGGCGGAGGGCGGCCAGCCCCCGCAGCAGCAGCAGCAGCAGCAGCCACAGCCGCAGCUCCUGGCCGGCGGCGGUGGCGGCGGGGGGGCCGCCCGCGGCGUGAAGCGGGAGCCGGAGCUGGAGCAGCCCAUGCCCGGUGGGGACGGCGCUGAGGGCGGCCACAGCAAGCGGCUGCGGACGGAGGCGGAGGCCGACGGCGGCGGCAUGCAGAACGAGCCUCUGACUUCAGGUUAUCAUGGAUACCCAGCGAGAGACAAUCAAGGUAACCAGGAGCCAGCAGCAACUCCUGAUGCAAUGGUGCAGCCAUUCACCACAAUCCCAUUUCCGCCACCCCCACAGAACGGGAUUCCCGCAGAGUACGGGGUGCCACACACUCAGGACUAUGCAGGCCAGACCAGCGAGCACAAUCUGACACUCUACGGAAGCACGCAGCCGCACGGAGAGCAGAGCACGAACACGGCCAGCACGCAGAACGGAUCUCUUGCACAGACAGAAGGAGGGGCACAGACAGAUGGACAGCAAUCACAGACACAGAGCAGUGAGAAUACCGAGAGCAAAUCCACUCCAAAACGACUUCAUGUGUCUAACAUUCCCUUCCGCUUUCGAGAUCCUGACCUUCGGCAGAUGUUUGGGCAAUUCGGCAAAAUCCUUGAUGUAGAGAUAAUCUUUAAUGAGCGUGGCUCGAAGGGAUUCGGGUUCGUAACUUUCGAGAAUAGUGCUGAUGCAGACAGGGCCAGGGAGAAAUUACACGGCACCGUGGUAGAGGGCCGUAAAAUCGAGGUUAACAACGCCACUGCGCGAGUGAUGACCAAUAAGAAGAUGGUCACACCUUACGCAAAUGGUUGGAAGUUGAGUCCUGUGGUUGGAGCGGUGUACGGCCCUGAGUUAUAUGCAGCAUCCAGCUUUCAAGCAGAUGUCUCGCUGGGCAAUGACGCCGCAGUGCCCCUGUCAGGAAGGGGGGGUAUUAACACUUACAUUCCUUUAAUCAUUCCAGGCUUCCCCUAUCCAACUGCAGCCACCACAGCAGCCGCGUUUCGGGGAGCCCAUCUGAGGGGCCGAGGAAGGACAGUGUAUGGGGCAGUCCGCGUACCUCCCACAGCCAUCCCUGCCUACCCAGGUGUGGUUUACCAGGACGGAUUUUACGGUGCUGACCUCUAUGGUGGAUACGCAGCCUACAGAUACGCACAGCCUGCUACUGCAACAGCAGCCACGGCUGCUGCGGCCGCUGCAGCAGCUUACAGCGAUGGUUAUGGCAGGGUGUACACAGCAGAUCCUUACCACGCCCUUGCCCCUGCCGCUAGCUAUGGAGUUGGCGCUGUGGCGAGUUUAUACCGAGGUGGCUACAGCCGAUUUGCCCCCUACUGAAGUGACGUGAGCCCCCUGCAAGUGGGACAGCCCCCCCAGUUCAUGAGGCCUGGCUAUUGCAAUAUUUACUAGUAGAGGAACUCUAUAGCAAGACAAGGAGGAAAACAAAAACAAAAAAAAAAAAAAAAGAGAAAAUACUUUUUUAUACCUCACUAUGUUCUUUGAAUAUGUAUUUUUUUUUUCUUUAAAUUUCUGCCUUUAAUUCUUUUGUUCCAAAGAUUGUGCAUUUUUUUUUUUUUGUUUUCGUUUUUGGGGUUUUUUUAACUGUGGUAAAAAUAAUGCAUUUCCGUGUCUGUAUGUUGGUGCAUAGCUUAUCCUACCAAUCACGGAAAAGGCAAUUAGCGAUAAGGAAAGCUGUUAGAUACUGAUAUCAUGCAAUUGAUCAGGAACACGCAGCCAGAGUUACUUCCCUGGGUCUGGUGCUUGGUGCCUGUGGGACAGGAGGACGUGAGGGAGAAGUCUCCACCUGCCGUGUUUCUGGUCUGCAGAAGGAAGCACUCUUUGGCUGCGGUUGGGACCUAAAUGCUGGUGGGAAAUAGUCAUUUACAUUUGGAAACGGGAGAAACGCAGAGACUUUCCUUGUUUUUAUCACCAUCCGAUGCGCACAGGUUUGGGACAGUUUCAGCAGUGUCAGGAUUUUAGACUUGGCAAGAGAAGAUUUCUUCAACCCGCCCAAAGACUUUGGCUGUUACCUGCUGUACAGGGGACAAGACUUUGAAAGGAGUUUUUGACGAGGAUGGUCUUUCCAUCCCCCCUCACACAACUUACUUUAGCUGAUUGUUGUCCAUUGCUGGUGGCUGUAAUUAUCUUAGUUUUCCUUCCUCCUUUUCAAGACCUUUCUUGCUUGCUGUCCCUUUCCUCCCCUUCUUUCCUCGAGGAGCGCAGAUGCAAUGCAGCAUCACACAGAAUACCUCUGUUGCGGACAGCUGCAGCCAGCAAGCGGUUAAACGUGCGGAGGUGAAGCUCACGCAGCCUUGCGAGGAAGAACACUAGCAGAAGAUCCCUGCAUCUGUGCCGUGCUCGGGCGCCCCGAGGUCCAGCGUGCAAGGUCUCUCCUCCUGCUCAUCCUGAGCUGCUUAGGCACUUCUGCAAGUAAUCUGUUUCAAAUAACAUGAGUGAGGAAAAACAAGUCAUGUAUAAGCUGCUUGAGGCGAGGGGCAGGCAUGUGGGUUUGUGUGGGGGAAGAGGGUCUUUCGUAUCUCUAAACAUGAUCCUGAAGUAGUUUUGUUUCUGUCAGGAGGUGAAGGGGAGGCAGAAGCAGCUAGCGCGAGCUCUGAAUUCAUAGGAACUUCCCACCACCAGCGAUUUCAGGCCCUUACAUAGUUGCGUUGGAGCCCCUGGGUUUGUUUGGCCCAGCCUCUCAUAGCAAGCUGCGCACUCGGUCUGCUGAGUCCAUAUAGACACUACAUAUUAGAAGAUUUGGAGGCAGCGAGCCUAUUUAGGAGAGGGCUCCGUGCCUCCCAAGACCAGCUCCCUUCUGCUCGCACGCACAGUGACUUCGCUGUGUUUCAAAGCCAGCACGUUUCGAUGCUGUGCUGCGAUGGGGGUUGCUGCUCUCCAGACCUCCCCACCCGGCUCCCAGUGCCCCCCUGGUGAUCAGGGGCAGGGUCUCGAACCAUGUGGCAGAGAAAUGUGGGAGCGCUGUUUUAUUAGGCCGCCUCGCCUCCCUCAACUGGUACUGGGGGAGCCCGCUGCCCCCCAGGAGGGCUCCUUGGGGCGGGGGUUUGUCGGUGGAGCCUCUCCGCCUCCUGUCCUACACCUGCUUCUCCAUCCGCUGCUGGUACCAGAAUAGGAAACCUCCUGCAUUUAACACUAAGCAACAUCAACAGGGAGAGAUCCCCGGGGGGGGGGGGGUGUCCUGGCCCAGCCACGCACAACCAUGCGUCUUUUUUAAUUUUUGCUCUUCCCCAGGGAUAAGCGUAGCCUCUCUGUGGGUGUAGAGGCGGCACCUCAAGUGGGAAGAAUGGGGAAGCCAUUAGUUAAGCUAGAGACCCUGAAGCUAUCGAUUCUCUGAAGGAAUAGCUAGAUAAAGGGGACACCAAACUGCCAGCCUGUUGGCCACCUUCUGUUUUUUUUUUUUUUCUGGUUUUAUUGUUGGUUUUUAACUUUUUUUUUUUUUUUUUUCACCAAGCCAAAGUUUGGUUUGUUGCUGUUAUGACAAUUUUUUUUGUUGUUUGUAUAUAAAUAUUUUAGUUAGCUUGAAAAUGGGGAGGGGGCACAGGGUGUUGGGGCUUUCACAAAAUCUAGGAAAUGAGGGGACUCGGGAUAUUUGGGGCUUUUACUGCCUGAGUUGGGGUAGGGGAAGGGAGGGCUUGCGGCGUAGAAAUAGUCGUCAUAUUCAAGGGGAGCCGUUUCCACCGCAGGGCAGCCAGGCGGCUUCUGGAGCCGAGAUGCAGCAAAAAACCUCUGCGGGACUCGGCUCUGCCCCCGGGGGGGCCGAGGAGCCGAGUGAGGCCGUCCCUUCCCCGGGCCGCGGGCAGCUCCUCACGCAGCGGGUCUGCCGGCUGCCAGCGAGAGGAGCGCAGCGGGCAGAGCCCGGCAGCGGCGGCUGCUCGCCCCUCUGCCCCUUUCCGACAGUUCAGUUCAGCUGGGCCUGACCCCAGCUCCUGAAAAGCUGGGUUGGCCCCCCCCGAGAGCCCUCCCCGGCCCUGGCAGUGCCGCCUGCAAUCUUUCCCCCCCCUGCCCUAACACUUUGGCCGCUCUGGCAGUCAGGAGAGGCCAGCCCCCCCCCCCCCCCCCCCCCCCCCCCCCC